CAGCCCUCAUUCAGACCCAGGAUUACGGGGUCAGGCAUGUGACCAGUGAAUUGUUAAGUAAGCUCUUAUCACCAAGUGAUAAGUUUGAAUUUUGCUUUGGCAGGAGUCAGUUCGUCCAGCCUUUUGUCGGCACUUUGCCUCGGUCGCUUAACUGCAAAGGAACGACGUCCUCAAAUAAUCAUGAAGAGAACUUUUGUUUUUCUUGCCGCUGUGAUACUGCUAUCAGCUGCAGAUAUUGAAGCGAAGAAAAGGAAAUCAAAAGGAAGAGAGAGAGCGUGCAAUCGAUCGUGCCAAGGCUACCGAAUGAAAAAAUCUUUGUGUGGAAGCGACGGCCAAACGUAUAAGAACUUUUGCCUGUUCAACAAGGCAAGAUGUAAAGCCGAUAAAACCGGCGUCAGUCUGACAAUAGAGCAUACUGGACCCUGUCUCUGCUCUCAAGUACUGCCAAAAUGCGAUCAGGAUGGUAACACCACGAAACAAGCCGUGUGCGGAAGCGACAAUACCACCUAUGCAUCAUUAUGUUCCUUUCGUGUCGCUCGUUGCGAGGCGAAGCAAAACAAAACCAGGUUGAAAGUGCUGCACGCGGGAGAGUGUAGAAAACCGAAGAAAGCAAGAGUAUGCCCGGAUUUGAGUCAGUGUUACAUUAAAGAACUACCCGUCUGUGGCAGCGACAAAAAGACUUACAGAAAUCCUUGCUUCUUUCGGGUCGCCAAGUGUAUUGCGAAACGGCAGAACCAGAAGUUGUCCAUCAAGAGGAGAGGGGCGUGUGGCAAACGAAAACCUUCCAAAUCGUGUCCAAAAAAAUGUCCAACCAAAUAUCGACCUGUGUGUGGCUCAAACAAUAAGACGUACGAAAACAGCUGCCUUCUAUCCAUUGCAAAGUGCGCACUGCCGAGGAAAGACAGGAGCUCCCUCCAGUUGCAAUAUAAUGGACCCUGCAGUUCGCCGACCACCCCAAAGCCUUGCCCCAGAUGGUAUGACUGCAAAACUGUGAACAAACCCGUGUGUGGGUCGGACAGGAGAACGUAUCCUAACUUGUGCGUCUUUCGGGUCGCUAAGUGUCUUGCAAGGAGAAACAAGCAAAAGCCUCUAAAGCUUAAAAACAAAGAGGCGUGCAAGAAACGAAAGAAUAAGAAGGAAAAAAGAAAGGAAAAGAAAAGAAAGGGAGGAAAGAAGAAUGGUAAAGGCAAGUCUGGUUCCAAAGGAAAAAACAAGGGGGGAGACUAGCGACAUUUUGAAAAUACCGCGGCUAAUUUAAAUUGUUACGGAGAAUCAUUUUCGAUCACACCGCUUAAUGAAUUGAGUCUGUUGUGGAUCUCCUAAGAUUACGGCCGAGCAUUAAAAACGCGUAUGUUGAAAUUGAAGCCAGGUGCGAGGCUUCCCUUGUAUAAAUGCAAUAGAUAAACAGGAUUUAUCAUUCCUUGUCGAUGGCCUCGCACUUACCCUCUUUUUAAAGCAGAUUAGGGCAUUUCGGGAUUUGCCUAUUGCUUCAGCAGAAAACGUGCGUAAUGUUUACCAUAUGUUUAAAUAACUUUUCCUUUUAAGAAAAAAAAUAUGUAGAUCUGCUGUUGGGCACACGGAACAUUGUUUAAAGUAAAUGUUUCCCAUUGAUUCUUUGGAGUAAAGAAAAGUACUGAAAAAGGAAAAUUAUCAUAAACGAUGCAUCGAUCCUGUAAUAGGUCACUAAGCGUUUAUCUGAAUAUUCUGAAUAUCAGAUAUUUUUUAAUUGAUUCGUAGGCUGCAUCCUUUCUUUGUAAUUUCAGCACAUUCUUGAUGAAAGGGGUUAGUGCUCCAUGCAAGUAUUAAAAAAAACUGAGUCGGCAGGAAAAGCAAUGAUUGAUGUUAACCGUUUUUUUCUCCUUUUUUUUUCCCACGAGUACUUUGAUAACUUCUAAGUGUUUGCUCUGUAUCAAAUUGGUCAUAAAGCUGCUGAUACAUGGCCUUCAUUUGCUUAACAGUUAUUGCAUAGUAAUAAAUAAUAAUUUUCCAUUUGCUAGAACUA